AUGUCCUCCGCCAUCGAAACCAUCAACCAACUCGCGACAUCCGCCGCAAAGGCCGUCUGGGGCGACUCCAGCACCGACGAAACCCACAAGGAGCCCAUCUCGGGCGCCACCGGCGACGUUUCCAAGGGCGAGCCUUAUGACGCCGGCAACUUGGACCCCAAGGACCAAAACAAGGUCGAAUCCAGUCUCAAGGGCCAACAAGACGACUCCCCCUCAGACCUAGCCGAAAACGAAUACUACGCCCUCUCAUCCUCCGCAAAGGACAAGCCCCUCCCCGAAAGCCCUCGCACCAAAGAACCCAUCGGCGGCACCACCCUCCAGGAUAAUAAACCCAAGAGCAGCAUCCCCAAGGACACUACAACAACAGGCACAAACGCAGACGACGGCGACGACGACGCAGCAAACCCCGAACAAGGCAAAUCCCUCGACGAGCUCACCGGCGCCGGCCCCCGCCCCGUCGAAGAGCUCGCCAAGGAGAAUGGCGGAAACGCUGCUGCCGCUGCCGCAUCCUCCGGCGAUGCCGUAUCUUCGUCACAGGAGGAAAACAAGAUGAAGCCCACGGAGCAGAAGCUGCCCGAGGACAAUUCCCAGCGCAACGACAACAAGAAGUGGGAGGCUACCGAGGACGACUACGUCAAGACGACGGGGCUGGCGGCUGACGGAGGCAACUUUGAUGCUGCGAAGCCUGGGGCUGGAGUUGAAGCUGAUCGCUUGAUGGAGCAAAAGGGCCUCAAGACAGACGACGACGACAACCACAAGGCCGGCAGUUCUGGCCGCAAGAGCUCGGAUUCAGGCCGUCACAAGGAUAAGCCCAGUCUAGGGGAGCGUAUCAAGAACAAGCUGCACCGCCAUUAA